UAAAGGCGUCUUAUAAACAAAACAUAACCCAUUUCACUUUAUUCAGAAGCAUGGAUCUGUUCAUUUUGUAUACUUGUCGAGAAAAUGCCAGCUUAUCAAAAACUUGAACCAACCGUCAUUCCAGUAAAGAAAUUGAAGUAUAUAUGGUCCAUAUAUUACUUUAGUUUUUCUCGUAUCUUUCCUACAGAAAACGCAACUGUUACUCAAUCACUCCCGUUUUGCCACCCUGGCAUUCCACAUCGACAACCUGAGGGAUACUGGCUUCAGGACACAUGGCAUUCACUUUCUUGUAAGGUUGGACAGUUUCGCCCUACGGACAUCACAAAAUGCCUAACUAACCGUUCAGUGCACUUCAGAGGCGACUCUACUAUCCGGCAAUGGGUCGAGCGCUUAAUAAAUUGGAAUGUUGUUGAGAAAGCUUCAGAUAAUAGAAAUUUUGGACCGUACACUUGCUUCAAUCGCAGCACUGGGACUAUGGUCACAUUCGAAUUCCACACAGUUCCUAUCCAAACUGUGAGCUGGUUCCUAUUAAACCUUGGUGAAGCCGGCAUUUCCAAGGAAGUCAGGAAUAUGGUGGGCGGUCCUAACGUGGUGAUUAUACUAAGCUUGUGUUCACACUUCACGGCCGAACCCAAACGUGUCUACACCACCCGCAUGUACGAAAUUAGGUCCUCUAUACAACGGCUACUCAAGACGUAUCCUGAAACCAGAGUCAUUGUGAAGACGUGCAACACAAGGAAUCAUCGUCACUAUAGGCAACUCGUCCAGAUGUCGGAUUGGAUUUCAGUCCAAAUAAACCAGGAAAUGAGAAGCAUUAUGGAGGAUUUAAACAUCACCAUUCUGGACGUGUGGGAUAUGACAGUUAGCCAGUGGUAUCCUCAGAAGUCACAUCCUAACCAGCGAGUGCAAGACAACGAAUUGGAUAUCCUUAUGUCUCACAUAUGUCCAGAAAUGGUGAAAAAUGAGUAAUUGGGUCCAGCAUUUCUUUGGUAAGGCAUCACUCACCCUUCAUUCUUUUUCGAGGAAAGUACUGGCAGACAAUUACAGAUAUAUCAGGUCUCUAAACCACUUUAAAUGCGAUCCUGAAGAUUGUACAUUUUCUGCAGCUGCUCCUUUACGAAUGUGAAGUUUGGACAGGAUAUAGCGAUAGAAAACGCGGCCAGGGAUAAGUGAAAAACAAAGAAAUAUAAUACUAAUGACGGUAAUUUUCUCGCUUUGAGCCGGAGACAGAACAUGUAAAAAUCUAAUAACUUCAAUCUUCAUAUUUAUAUUUUGAACAUUCCUGACUAUAGGAACUACAUGAACUACGAAUAGAUUAGGCAUGAGCCUACGAAUAGAUUUCUAGUUGUGUACAUUUUUGGUAUUCUCCACUACACUAAAAAAACUUACGAUGACCUUCUUUAUGUUUAACAUAUUCCUGACCACAUUGACGAACUACGACUGGAAAAAUGAAUCAUUUUUCUGUACACCCCCGGUAUUCUCCACAAUCACAAAGCCUCAAUUUUAGCGGAAUAAUGAAGUUUCCGCACAUCUCAAUGAUAAAUGUAACUUUAUUAACGCAUAGCAGCGUCUUGCCAGUCUACAGCACUAAUUAGAUUAUCAGCACCUGUUUUUUCAACGGAGUUCAUUAGUCCACCUUAAUUCAAUUUGCCACUUAUUGUAGCUUAGCACAGCUGAGAGGGUACAGAUGCUGUUUAAAGGUGC